GCCAAGACAACAAUGUUGUGACUUAUUUCAGCUCACAACUGUUGUCGAUAUAUCAAAGGCAAGAUGAUUCUCUCUCGGCUUGUCCAAGUGCUUUUAAGUUAAUCUGAAGUAUUUUAUCUUCCAAAACAACUGGACAUGGGCGAAAACGCAGUCAUGACCUUUUGAUUCCUUUUCAUCACUUUUCAAGAUUUCGAAACCAUCCAGGAGCGCCCCAUGGCGCCAGCGGCACGAUUCGAUUGUGAAGCUCCCACUUCCGACUGGAACGGAUAACGUAUAUAAAAGCCGCGACUGAAAACGCCAGCGUGGGAAAGCAUUUACACUCUUACUGUCACAAGCAAUAGCUUUCUUCUAGCCAUGAAGAAAGUUACAGUGCUGGGCAUUGCAGCGCUCGCUGCGAUAGUACUUUUACUCGAUGUUUCUGAGGGCGCUGGGGAUUUCUUUCAAAUCUUGGACGAAACGACGGCAGAGUACUUGAUGGGCGACAGCGAGAAGCUUCAUCGGAGUAGCAGUGGAGCCGCCAUGACUGGGCCUAGAAAUAACAAAUACUUAGAAGCCUCCAUGCAGAUUAUCAAAGGAAUGGCUGAGUCAAAGAUGACGAGAAGAAGAUUAAGUGCGAGAAGAGAGAGGCAGCUCGCAGGCUACAUCAAAAAGGCCAUCACGAAUGGGGAAAUGCCUAAAGCGAGACAGAUGAUCGGCCAACUGAUACCCCCUGAGUGUCACUGUCCGAGGACUCAAGGUCGAUGCCAAGAAUCCGAUUUACCCCGUCACUGCAGGAAAAAGAAACCAAACAAGCACGUAAACGUGUUUAAACAGCUUCGUGCUAUUCUGGAUGAAACAGACGUCGAUAAUCUGUUGGGAAUCAGUGGCGGUGUUUCUCUUAUAUUCGUGAUUGAUACUACAGGAAGUAUGGGAAACGAGAUAGCUGCCGCAAAGGAAAUCGCCAAAGCUAUUGCUGCUCAUCCCAGAGACUCAGCUGUGGAUUUUAUUUUAUCGCCAUUCAACGAUCCUAAAUGGGGAAAUGUUUACCGAUGUCCCAGUGUGAAAUCGUUUGUUGAAGCUCUGGAUACGCUAGUAGCCGAGGGAGGCCGUGACUGUCCUGAGCUGACUUUCAACGGGAUCAUAGACGCCAUCGAGAAGGGCGAUCCUUUUGUCAGCUCCCCCAUGUUCGUGUUUACUGACGCCGGUGCUAAAGAAGGAGAUGGACCAAAAUACACUUUUGAGAAUGCGCUUGGCUUAGCCCAGCACUACAUGAUUCCUGUGAACUUCUUCUACAGCACCGAGUCUGGCUUUUGUGGGACAUUCGAAAAUCAUGACACCUUUGUUAAGCUCUUGGAUGAUACCCAAGGAUUUGGACUGCAGUUCAACUCAUCUGGAGAGAUACAGAGGAUGGGACGUGUUAUAUCCACGGCUCUAGAUGGCACGGCGACUAUUCUGGAGGUCAGAUCAAGCGGGGCUUCUGGCAGAAUAGUUCGACCACACAAGCGCGCUCCAGGGAGAGAUAAGACGUAUACCCUUCCUGUAGAUGACACCGUUGGAAAGUUAGUAGUCUCAUUCUUCGCCUCAGAAGAAGCUCAUCUUGUCCAGCUGCGCAAUCCAAAUGGAUUACUUGAGCCCCGAACGGAAGAUCUUGCCCAAGGGGGGGUGUGGAUCAUAGAAGAACCCGUUCUGGGUUUGUGGGAGCUAAUCAUCCCGGUUGAAGUUGGAACGCAUUCAUUCAAGGUCAAGUCGAGCAGUAGUUUUAACUUGGAGUUCGAUUACUUCUUCCUACUCAGGAAUAAGCUUGGUGGGCAAUGGAUUGAGUAUCCGAUUGAUUACCCCCUGUUAGGUCAAAACGCAACAGUUGGCCUCGUUAUCCCAUUAAAGGAACGUUUGAAGCUUCCCUCCCUCCGUCUGUCGCUUGUGGAUGGAUCAGGACGUGUGUUCCAGGAGGCCACCCUUGACACGAGCAGUCUCGUCGCUACAUUUGUUCCUAUUCCUCUUCCUUUCAAAUUCCAACUGUCGGGCAGUACAAGAGCUGGGCAGUCUUUCCAGAGAAUAUCACGAAGCUUCAUCAAAGCGAAGAACGUCUUGCUUCGCUUGCAAAGAGGAAUCGACUAUAAAACUCUGGAGUGUGGUAGUACCAUACGAAUGUCUUUUGCCCUCUACUACAACGGUGCACAAGGCGAGAUUUUUGACGUCGCUGUGAACUCGUCUCUGGUUAUAAAGACCGCCACCAACUCAACGAAACGCGCCAUAGAAAUUCGGUAUAGAAAAACGGUACAAAAUACAUGGGAGAAACACAGGCAGGUUUUCUUUACUGUGGAAUUGAAAACUCCGCGAGAUGUCACGGGCAUUCUCAAUGAGUGGGACACCGUUCAAGUGACUGUGAAGAAAACUCCAGUUGGGAGCGAUGCCGACGUGACGUCAUUCACCGAGCAUUUUAAAGUCACAUGCUCACGUUAAAAGAAAGAAAAGAAAACGCCGCUGGCCUGCUAAAGAACGCUCUGUGUUGGUGGAAGCUUGCUGUUAUAGAACUGGGGUUAGGACCGUUAGCAUGAAUGUUUUAUUUUCCCGCGCUUGGUGCCGGUUGCAUGUGUCUUCUGUAAUAUUCUGAUUGGUUCUUAUGCCGGUUAAAUGCUUUUCUCGUGAUUGGUUUGAUAUGAAUAUUUCAGACAUCCAUUAGGGAACCUCUUGAAAAAUAGAAUAUAUAGAUCUGGUAAACUAAAAGCAAGCAAAAUGAGGCAAUGAACGUAGUUUACUAAAGAAAUUAUGUAAGCACAAUACGCUAUUUUAGAAUGUCAUUUAAGGCCUAUAUUUUUGACAAUAAAGCUUCCUUAUAUUGAAACCUCGA